CUAACUUUGAUAGGAGUGGGGGUUAUUCGAGCUUACUACUCGCUGGACUGGCAAGUGGCCUUGGCGUUGGCCCAGUAGAUUAUGAGUCGAAAUCUCAAAAGGAGCCCAUCAUAGCCUACUCUUUUUUUUUUUUUUUUUCAUGUGAGGAAUAUCUUAAUGUUGUGAAAUAAAGGGAAUCAAAAGAUUGUGAACUGAAAGAUAACAGAGAAUUUUUUUUUCUCGUAGUAUGUAUUGUAACUUAUGGGAAGAAAAGCUCUAGAGAGAGAAUAGGAAGAGAGAGAAGCUCUCAAGAUGGGGUUUCCACAACCCCAACCACCUGAAACUUCCAAUUUGUACAUCUCUCCUAUGCUUUUCUCAAGUCCUCAAUCACCCAUGGGUCACAACUCCACGAACUCAAUCGACCAACCGCCUACUGUAAUCUGCGCGAUUCUGUUUCGCAAAUCUCAAGUGAAGAAGGUGAUGAUUCAUCUUCCCCAGCCAACGUCACAGCCAAGCCGCCAUAGACAACACCUUCGAACCACCCAACAUCGACGACGCGAGUGGUUUUCAAUCCAGUAGGUAUGUCAGCUUAAACGAUCGAAUUUCAUGGAAUUCGCCUCAGUAUGGUAGCCACCUAUGGAGGUUUUGUCAAAUUUAUCAAUUGGUCUUGUGUUCGUAUGGAAUUCACCUCGACAUUGUUGUACUAGUUGUCUUUCAGUCCUGCAAUACUAAGUAUAGUAACAUUCUUUAUAAUUGCCUUUAUCUGUUUACCGCACAAAGUUUAAUGGCUUAUAUUCCUGUUGAAAUAAUCUUAUGUCAUGCACUACACGAACAAGCAGUUUUAAAUUGGUCGCAAUGUAUAUUCAUGGAGUGGGUUACUAUACUGAAAAUAUAUGUUAUCAGUUUCUUCUAUCUGGAAACAUUAACACAAUUACACCAUGAUACUACUGUUUAUCUGCACAUUCGAUGCACCACCAUCGUUUAUAUGUAUGCCUCCCAGUCGAGGAAAUUAAUAAAGGCUAUAAUUACAUGGUACAUGACAUUGUUAUAUUUUUCUAUGUGCCAUAUCAUCACCCGCCACGACACCUCAAUAUGGGUGCGCUAUUGGAAAAAUAUAUUGUCAUUGUUAAGCAAUAUAACACAUAUUGAAAUGGUCUAUGCUAUUAGAUUAUCGCUCUAUGAGUAUCUAACCAGUGAUUGGAUAACUGACAUAAUUGGCUUGCAAUUACUAAUAUGUAUGAUUUAUCUCAUGCCAAAGCCACGACACUGUAGAAAGAUUGUUCUCUCUUUGCGAUUGUAUAAGCAUAAUUGUGAUUGUGUUAAUUGCCGCAACUCUGUGAGUAAAUGUCAAUUUACCACUAUUGUGCCCGACUUUUGGGACUGGCGGAUAGCCUUGCCCAGCAUCAUUCGAUGCCUGUCUAGACACUUGUUGUCUUUGAAACGUUAUAUGCUCAAUCACUAUGAAAACUACUGUGGGAAGCAACGCAAAGUCCUUGGAAAGCUCAUACAUUGUCACACUAUACGACUGAUAUAUGUAUUCAAAGUGAAACAUAAUUUUAUUGUAACUCUCUUAUGGUUUUGGAUUGGAACUCUCUAUUAUCCUUGCAAUAACUCUACGCGAUUGGUUUUUGACCUAGCCCAAAAUUCUGUGAUGCCUACCGCAGGCAUACGACGUUUGUCGACAAUCGAAUAGUAUGUUAAAUAUAUGUCUUCCAUGAAAAUUAUUAGUUGGAAUAUUCAAGGUGCUAAAAAACAGAAUGCAUUUAGUGAGAUUCUUUUUCUCACUCGAAAAUACAAACCUGAUAUUGUAAUUAUACUUGAAACCAUGAGCUCAAAAGUAAAUCGCAGAAGAUUCUUUCUACUCUAGGGUUUGAUGAUAUACUCAUUAUAGAUCCGAUUGGACAUAGUGGUGGAAUAUGGGUACUAUGGAAAAAUGAUGUUUAUUCUAUUAUACCGCAAACACCAUCGCCUCGUUUGGCUCACUUUAUAGUUCAAGAAAAAUGCUCAUCUUUUACUUUUUGGCUUACUGGUAUUUAUGCUCCUGCCCAAAACAUUGAUAAAGCUCCAUUUUGGAACAAUGUAACUGAAUUUUUCUCCAGUCUUCA